AUGUUGGCCGGACAACACCACGUUCCAGGCAUUGAGUCGCCACUGAUGGUUGUACUAUGGCGCGUGGCCGCUGGCGUCUUUUUGCCACUCAUCCCGACGAUGGCGGUCUUCGGCAACGCACUCGUCAUAAUGUCCGUGUUCCGGGAACGAUCGCUUCAGACAGUCACGAACAUGCUCAUUGUGAGCUUGGCAGUAUCAGAUUUCAUGGUAAGUGCGAGAUUUGAAAGGUCAGCAACUAAUGAGGUAGUACAAAUUCAAACUAGAUAACGGCAUUGGGAAAUUGGCAAUGACUAUGUAGAAUCCGAAUCCUAGACAGAACAAAUCCUGAUCAACGAAAUAGAAUAACACUUCUCCAUUUUCACCCAGACAUUGGCCAGGUCCAUACUUUGGUUCUUGUGUCUCCCCAGGGGACACGAGUUGCGGGAGUCUCAAAUUUUCAAGCAUAACAUUAUGUACCUGAGGGCUCGGUCUCAAUUAUUUCCUCCUUUUCUCCUUAAAGUGCCCUCGACAAACAAUUCCGCGUUGUUAGUGGUGCACUUUGACUUUCGAGACAGAGAAAAAACGAGAACCCAUGAUGUUAAACGAUACGCGCAUGCGAAUUGCGCCCAGGGGACCAGAUAUAUGCAAUGCAUCUGUGCAGAUAACGCGAACACCAAAAAUCGUGUGCAAAAGAUGGUCGAUUCUGACAAGAAACCAAACUACUUUUGCAUUUGACGUCACUUUCCGGAAGUGUUUGGAAAAAUUUUAAAAAAUGUCUUGCAGAGUGGGAAACUGAAACUUUUCGUUUUGCAGGUCGCGAUUGGGGUAAUGUCAUUCGGUGUAUAUUAUGAAUGGAACAGUUUUAAAUGGGGUUUGGGUGCCUUCUUCUGCCACGUGUAUCAAGCACUGGAUGUCGCUUGCUCAACAGCUUCUAUUCUUAAUCUUCUCGCCAUUUCAUUAGAUAGGUAUGGUUUUUUUGGAUUUCAGAGCUUCAGACUACAGUGUAUUCUUCCAGAUACAUUGCCAUCGGUCAUCCGAUCUCAUAUGCUCAAUACGGUGCUCGCGGCGGUCGUGCUAUGAUCUCAAUCACAAUAGUCUGGGGAGUCAGCGUUGCUGUAGCUCUUCCCCUUCUUUUAGGAGUGAAUCCAAUGGAGAACGAUGUGAGUUCGGGUUGCAAACAACAAACACUUGCAUCGGAAGAAAAACCCGGGUUGAGACGGACGGACGGACGGCGUCGUCGCUGACGCACGCAGUCCACACGUCAAACUCAAGAAAAACUCUUCAUGAUAGAUUACUUUUUUUCCGAAAAGAAGAUGGAGAAAUAAAAGAAAACAACUAAGAUUUUAGCAGAGAAGAUGUUCUUUGCAACGCGGGGGGAAGUUUUUGGACCCAACAGUAAUUUAGUAGACUCAUGUGUCGUGGCAAUCGGAUCUAUUUCUCAAAAUGCAAUUAAACCAAGUUCGGCGGUCCAUACAUAGAGAGGGAGUGACGGGGUCGUAAGUACUAAUUGAAUCGGCAGCGGAAGGAAGACGCAUUCUUUUCUUGUCUCCUAAUAUACGCUGGUGACAUCAUUAUGAGUCACGCAGGACAUGGUCGAAACUGAAUUAGUGGUACCAAAGGACCCGGAUGUCGGGCCUAUGAUUGCAUUAAAACCACAUGGUUUUUCAAGAAAAACUGACAAUGUGGGGGUUUUUCAGCAAUGCGAACUCGCCAAUCCCUACUUCAAUAUGAUCUCCUCCAUCUUCUCAUUCUUCAUUCCGUGCAUCGCCAUGAUUAUUUUGUACACCAUCAUCUUCCGAAGGCUACGACAAAGGGAACGGGCUAGAAGUCUGCGACAAGCACAGAAAAGUGAAACUGAUAAGGUAACUGAUAAUAAUAAUCAAGGCAGAAAAUUUUUUAAACAGAAAUUCGAUUUUUUCCAGAUCAGUUCAGCUCUUCUCGGUGGAGCGCAGAUUGCUCGUCAAAUGGGCAAACAUUUCAAGAACCGAACGGACCAAAUUUUGCUGGAGAUCAGUUUCCAGGUAGGUGUAGCGGACGAAAAAACAAGCGUUCAAUCACCAAUCAUCAAGUUGUUAUGUGUUCCUUACGGCGAAGUGAACUGAUCAGACCUGUCAAACGCACUUGCUUUCGUAUUUGGCUUGAGAUAGCAUGUGAUUUUGGAGAAAAUUAUAGCUGACGACGAAUAUCUGGUUUUGACAUUAACUUCGUAUUCAUCGGCUCUUCAAAAAUAGUAAUAAUAAUGAAUAAAAACAUCAUACAAGGGAAAAAGGUGGACAUGUGUUGAAUUGCAGACGUCAUCAUUUCCCACAAUGUCCGAAUCGUCCGAUGACGGGUCAACGAUUUCUCCAAUGAUCAACUCAUCCAACCAGUACUUGCCAAAAAAGACAACAUAUCCAAGCACAUCGAUCCCUGCAAUCCCUGAAUGUGGAUCAAUGCCAAAUCUGACGAUUUUGGAGAAGCCGGGUUUGGAAUUGAGUUUUUCGGGAACGAUCUGUUAUUAUUGUUUUCAGAAGAAGAACGAGAACAGAAGGAGAUUUCAAUAAUGGACCUUCGGGAAACAGUUGAAAUGCUUGACGACAAGUAUUCGUCGGCUGUGAUGACUAGGUAAAUACGUGAUUUCCGAACAGAUCGAUGACGUUUCCCUAAAGCUUUCAAACUUCCAGAUCCUUCGGUGAGGAGCUUGAGGAAAUUCUUCCUUUCAUCGAUGGAUCUACAAGUGUGAAGCAUUCCAGGGAACAGUUGCACACUACUAGGUUUUCCGUUCGUUUCCUCUCCAACUGAUUGAGUGAGUUUUCAGGUCAAACACGAGUACAACAAGGCUGCUGGAUGUGAAGCCGGAGUUAAGGAGCAUAAGCGUUCCCAGUAUGCAAGACGAGAAGAAGAUGAGCCAGCGGGAUGGCCGGAUAGCCGAGACUCCUUUUUGCCAACAGAACGGAACGAGCAAACAGAAGCUUCUUCCAAAUCCCGGAACAUUAAUGAAGAGCAAAUCGACGACUCUUCUCAAAACAAAUGGGUUUAUGGACACAGACUCGCUCAAAAACGCUCAUAAGAAGAGUCUAGCAGAUUUAUUAGCCAACGAAGAGUUUUCGUUCUCCGAUUCUAUGCGGGUAUAUAAGAAUCGACUAUUCAAAAGGUACUGAUUGAUUCAAAUAAUAUGAUGAUAUGCUAUUUUUUCUUUUUUAAGUUUGAGUCGGGCGACAAGCGGGUGGAAUAAGCCUAGACCCUCUAGACAUAUGGUAAAGAAGGCGACGAAGCAGAUGAGGAGGGAGCACAAAGCUACAGUAACCCUUGCAGUUGUGUUAGGUAUCUAUUGUGAAUGUGGAAAUUGACCGAACAGAGUAUUUCAGCUGUUUUCCUCUUCUGCUGGCUUCCAUUUUUCAUUCUUCACUUGAGCAACUCGAUUUGCUUGAUUCACGAUCCGACCAGUGAUUGUGUUGGAUUUCUGCCUUUGUACCUUGCCACGUGGUUGGGAUAGUAAGUAUUCGAUACUCGAUUUCAGCAACUCAAAAUCUGGUUUUCAGCCUCAAUUCUUCGCUCAAUCCACUCAUCUACACAGUAUUCGACCAACGAUUCCGCAACGCGUUCCGGAACAUUCUUUCAUGCGGGAUUUUCAAAAAACGAUGA